UGAGAUUAGUUUAAAAAAAUAUAUUACUUCCAUGUAAUUUGUUCAGCUGCCUGGGUGGAAUUCAAAAUCAUAAAUCCAGAUCAUUAGUCCAACACUCAGGAUUAUUAAUCUUGUAAUUUCAUCACUAUACAACCAUACUUGUUAAGUUAUAGAUGAAAAGGUUUUAAAACCAUUUUCAAAAUAAGGAAAGCUGUAACAUUAAAAAAAAUGAUGAUGCACCUUUAAUUGAUGAGCUAGAAGAGUAACUGCCCCUCCUUUUGCAAUGAUGACUACUUACACUGUAAAUAACACAUCCCCCAUAAGCUUGCGAAAUAUCUAUAAAUAACAAUAAUUUAGAAUGCAAACCUGCAAAGCUUUAUAUACCUGCAAAGUCUUCAACUGCUGCUGUAGAAACUAGCCGUUGCAAAAGAAGCUAAGUAUUGAAAUUAUGAAAAUUGAAAAAAUAUGUAAAGGGUUUAUGCUUCAUUGAAACUAAUGACUCAGCCCAGCGGUUGUGCUUUCAUACAACAAAAUCCUGGGUGAAUAAAGAGAGCAUUGCAAGGAAAGCUCCGUGAUUAAUACUGUGACUGCCACAAAUGCCUCUGCCCGAUUCAGCCAUAAGCACAGACACAGCAGACGAGAGAAGGAAGCUUUGUAAAGACCUAGGCAUGAAUCCAGAUGCCAGAAAAUGCAGGAAUUUGAACAUGAAAGAGGUCAAGUUGAAGGGGCGGCCUGCAUGUAUGAGGAUGGUUAAAGCAUUUCGUUACUAUUUUCAACAUCCAUGGAGUCGGCUGAUCGUGGCUUACUUGGUGACUUUCUUCAAUUUCCUCAUUUUUGCUGAAGAUCCUAUUUCUCACAGUCAGACUCCAGCCAUUGUAAUCGUUGUUGGGAAUUGCUUUUCCUUCGUGGCAAAUAAAUACCCUGGAGGAGGAUGGAACUUCCUAAAAGUCCUGCUAUGGUUGCUGGCUAUUGUUACUGGCCUCUUUGCAGGAAAAUUCCUCUUCCAUCAGCUCAUGUUUGGUCAGUUUCUUCGUCUAAAGAUGUUCCGAAAAGAUCACGGCUCCUGGAUGGUGAUGCUUUUUUCCAGUCUUCUCUUCCUGUUCAUCUUCUCUCAUAUUUACAACCUGUGCCUCUUAAUCGCUGGAAAUAUGAGUCCCUUCAUCAUUAAUGAAUACAUGGGUAUAAGAAAUGAAAGUUUCAUGAAGUUAGCAGCGGUUGGAACCUGGAUGGGAGAUUUUGUCACUGCCUGGAUGGUCACAGAUAUGAUGCUCCAGGAUGAUUCCUAUCCAGCUUGGGGCAAGACUGUUCGAGCCUUCUGGAGAAAGGGAUAUAACAGGAUUGUCUUGUUCUGGUCGGUCCUGAUCACCUUGACAAGUGUCGUUGUGGUUGUCAUCACCACUGAUUGGAUCAGCUGGGACAAGUUGAAUCGGGGAUUUUUGCCAAGUGAUGAGGUCUGCCGAGCAUUUUUGGCCUCGUUUAUCCUUGUUUUUGACCUCCUUAUUGUCAUGCAGGAUUGGGAGUUUCCACAGUUUAUGGGAAAUUUGGAAAUCAAUCUUCCUGGUCUUCCCACCUCACAUAUUCAAUUAAGACUGCCUCACUUCAAGAAGUUAUUCAAGAAUGAAUAUACCAUUUGUAUCACAGGUAAAUGGUUUAACUAUGGCAUCAUCUUUCUUGUAUUGAUUUUGGACCUGAAUAUGUGGAAGAACCAAAUAUUUUACCAGCCAGCGGAAUAUGGUCAGUAUGUGGGACCUGGUCAAAAAAUCUACACGGUGGAAGAUAUGGAGACAUUAAAGGAUUUAAACAAAACCACUCUAAAUUGGGAAUGGAGGUCAACUAAUAUUAACCCAGUGACUAACAGGACCUAUGUUCAUGGUGACAUGUUUUUGCACAGCAGGUAUACAGGUGUCAAACUUGGAGUCAAGUGUCUUGCUUUUGUUCCAAGCAUCUUGGCAUUUAUCCUCUUUGGUUUCUUUAUCUGGUUUUUUGGGAGAUUCCAGAAAAGCGAAUUAAUUAACGAUGAACAGGAUAAUUUGUAUAUAAAGAUCAAAAGGAAAUCACCAUCUGAAUUUAGCAAAGAUUUAAAUGAUCCUGGAGAAGAAACACCAAAGCCUAUGACUAUAAACAAUGAAUCACCAAUGUCCACAGGGACGGAGGUGGCCACAGUUAUUGUCCACAGCACUACUCCUGCUUCACCUACUGAAGACCAGGGCACUUUCCUCAAGGAUUCACAAAGCAACACUACAGUUGACACAAAACCGCCUUCUGAACCUCUGCCCCCUCCUAUUUUGCCUGACCGACUGGCAAAAACAAUAGCUGACCAAAAUGGUGAGACGAAGACUUAAAUCAAGCACAUGCCUUAAGUAGGAAUUUACUUUUUCAUUUUUACACAUUUAUAGAUCUUUGUACAUUUUGUGUUAGUGUGUCACUUUGACUUACAAAAUACUGACCUAGGUUUUAAAAUAAAACAAACUAAUAAUGUACUGUAGGUGGUGGUUCUGCAAUGGAACAAAGUCACUUUUAUUUUUUAAGAAAAGCAUAAUGUUGUGCCUAUACCUAGACAUUCCUAUGUAGCUUGCCUUUCGCAAUAACACAAAGGUUUGUCUCAAUGCUGUAUUAAAUUGUACUGUAAUAUUGUAUUAAUCUCUAUUGAGGUUAAAAUGAUAAGUACUGUACAUCGUGCCUUGAGAAAAUUCAUUUUGUAUUCUAUUGUCUCAAGGAGGUUUUCAAAAAAAUUGUAGAUUUUCACCUUCACAAAAUAUAAAAUAUUAGCAGUUCUUGAAUAUCUAAAGCGAUUGCUUCUGUGACCAUUGGGGUAUACCUUGUGCUUUGCUGCAUUCUUCUGAGGCAGAAAAUAUUGCUGGGAGUGUUAAUUAUGAUCACUGCUUAAUUGGUAAUGGUGUGGACAGUAGUGACGGCUGAACCACACGUGAAUAAAGAUUUGUUGAUUAACCUCUUAAUUUUGCUAAACAGGCAGUCUGCCACAGAAUGCAAUGAUGGUGGUGGAAAGAGACACUGCUGCCCUGUGUGCACAGCAGUAAAUGAGGAGAAUAUAUAUUAAGAAUUGCAUUGUACCUCUGUAUACUGAAGCACAACAACUGUCUGUAUUGAUAUAUACGUCUAGAUACUCGAAUAAACAGUGAAAUCUUUUCA